UCAUGGGAGGCAGGACUAGACUCAUCCAGGGCCUGGAGAACAGCCUGCUGAGCUUGAACUUCAGUGCUUCCAACGUCAGCUUGAUGACAGACAAUAUCCAUAGCCUCGCCUUCAAGCUGAACUGUGCAUUUGCCGGCCUCUCUCUGAGCAGCACCGCUCAGAAGCAUACCUCCCAGGCCCGGGCCCAGCACGCCAUGCAGUUCCCUGCCGAGCUGACCCAGCGCGCCUGCAAGAACCCGGCCAGGGAUCUGCGUCUCAUCUGCAUCUACUUUUCUCUUCUGCUGUUCUUCCAGAGUGGCGGCAACACGUUUCUGCUCAAUAACUAUAUCCUCGGUGCCCGGCUGGGACAGGAACAAGUGAAAAACCUCAACGAGCCCAUCAACAUCAGCUUCUGGCACAACCACAGUCAGAAAGACUAUAUACCGACUUGUGUCUUCUGGAAGGAAAACAUGAGCCGGGACAACUGGGGGUUCUGGAGCUCCGAGGGCUGUCGCACAGAGCAGCCCUCAUCUUCCCAAGUGCUCUGCCGCUGCAGCCACCUCACCUACUUUGCUGUCCUCAUGCAAAUCGCCCAGUCCACAGUCCCUGAAAAGCUGCUGAACACCCUCACGACCAUCUCCAUCGUGGGCUGCAGCAUCUCCGUCGUGGCCUCGCUGCUCAGCUUUGGGCUGCACUUCCACAACAGGAAGCAGAAGGACGCCACGACGCGGAUCCACAUGAACUUGCUUGCCUCCGUGCUGUUCCUGAACGUCGCCUUCCUGCUGAGCCCCACGCUGGCCGGGCCGUCUGUACCCAGGCCCAUGUGCACAGCUCUGGCCGCCAUCCUGCACUGGGCGCUGCUCAGCUGCUUCACCUGGAUGGCCAUCGAAGGCUUCAACCUCUACAUUUUCCUCGGACGAGUCUACAACACAUACUUCCGCCGAUAUGUACUCAAGCUCUGUCUGGUGGGCUGGGGGCUCCCUACCUUCCUUGUACUGCUCCUGCUUGCCAGCGAGGACUCAGUGUAUGGACGCCACCAGGUCACCAUCUCUGACAGCCCGGGAAACAGCACGGGCCUCCAGAGCCAGUUCAUGUGCUGGCUGCAGAGCAACACGGUGCACGCUGUGCUGGUCAUGGGCUACAGCAGCCUCACGUGCCUCUUCAACCUGGCGGUGCUGGUCUGGGUGCAGUGGCUCCUGUGCAGGCUGCGGGCGCGGACGGCGGUGCAGGGCACCAGGGCCUGCCAGGACACAGUCACUGUGCUGGGCCUCACGGUGCUGCUGGGCACCACCUGGGUCUUGGGCUUCUUCUCCUAUGGCGUCUUCCUGUUGCCCCAGCUCUUCCUCUUCACCAUCUUCAACUCGCUCUACGGUUUCUUCCUCUUCCUGUGGUUCUGGUCCCAGAAGAGCCGCUCAGCAGCGGGGGCAGAGACUGAAAUGGAGACAUUCAACUCCUCCCGGACAGUGCAGUAG